CGGGGGGAUUCCCCGUGGGAAGUUCCCAGCGCUUUAUUAAACACGCAAAAUGUACAUUUGCACGAAAGGCACCGCUUCCUCUCGCGUCUGUUGUAGAAAACUUUUCCUCCAAGAAUAAAAACCGUGUAAGCAGUGUGAAAAGGGGCCACUUUAUAGAUGUAGGUCGUUCCGAUCGUUUUCGAGUUAAGAGCUCCUGUUGGCUGCGUCAGUAAUGGUACCGGGGCGAAAGGCAUGGAGAGAGAUUCACUCGCCAAAGCCUUUGAAGCCUACAGACAAGCUUCCAUCGAGAAAACCCAUGUCCAGCAGGAACUUCAGCAAACGACAGAGUAUUACAAACGAUACACUCAAAAGCUCCAGCAACAGAUAGAAGAGCAGAGGCUGCGCAUUCUGAGGCUGGAAUCUGAGCUGAGAGUGGCGACGAGACGAGCUUCAGGAGAAAAGUGUUGUGAGACUGCUCCCGGAAAACAGGAAGCAGAGACCUUGCCAUCCUGCGACCACCACCCUGCCGACACUCCAUCCAGCUCCCAGCAGAGAAACCAGUUCCUGGACUACCCAGAAUCCUUGGAGAUGCCCUCACAUGCGUUCGUCAUGGCUAGCACGGUGGAAAAUGGCAAAGUUCUUGACACGUUUCAGAAACUUCAGGGAACGUUGCAGCUGAUCCAGAAAUUAACCAGAAAACAAAACGAUCACCUGAAGAAAAUGUAUCGGGGGAAUGAUUCUGCAAACGAGCCCCAGUUCUCCAUGCCCAUCCAGUGCACGGAUGGGACAGCCGCACAGGCCGAGGGACCCUUCUCGUCCUCCAUCAGGUCUGAAGUGUUGGGCGAUGAGCUGCCCAGCAGCUCCUUGGCCUCCCGAGGAGCUUGUCAGGAGGACCUGGACUUCAACGACUCCAUGACUAAACUGAGCGUCAGAUUCCCCCCGCCGACAGACAGUGAGUACGAGUUCCUAAACAGCACCCCGGAGAGGCCCUUGGAGCCUAUCAGUGUCCGGAAAGGCCUGGCCGACGUCGCGGGCGUCUCCAGCACAAGCGAGGACGGCCCGCUAAAGCUCCUGUAUCCCGACCCGGUGGUGAAUGCAGCUUCCACCUCUCCGGAGGGCGUCCGUGGACCCCAGCAGCCCCUGUGGAGCCCAAAGCUCUGCGAUGCUGCGGAUCAGGACGCGAACGCAGAAUACUGCACCUUCUGCACCUCCAUCGUGCCCCAGGGGCACAUGUUCAGCCACCUGAACUCACACUUCCAGAAAAACGCAAGCAACGGACACUAGCAGGCCUCGUGGGCCUCCACGGGGCUUUGUCCAUCUCCGCUCCCGGAUGGCAAACUUGUGUGCCCCUCCCCAUACCUAUUUAAUUUGUCAUUUUGGUGUACUUCAGUGUCUUUCUUCUAAAACUGUCUUUGAACGAAAUCUGUUGAAUUCAAUAUCAGACUGUGGUAUUAUCUGGUAAAUUCACUGUGUGUAAUAAAACUUCUAAUGAUCAAG